UUGCCGUUUAUGUGCAGGCUUAUUUCAUUAACGACCUUUUUGUGAAAAUCGUGAAAACAUGGUCGAAUCCGUGUCACGUUUUUAUGAUAAUAUCAUAGAUAAAAAGGCACACUUUCCCAUUGCUAAUCACAACUGUUACGGAAUUUUACUGUCGCCGACGAAGAGUGCCAUAGUCAUGAAGAUCGUUUUAGUAUUUGCUGUUUGUGUCGGUAUUGCAGUCAGCGAAGAUUGUCAAACACUUUCCGACUGUAGUCACGUGACCUGCCCUGAACGAGACUACAUGUCAACGUGUGACAAGACAGUAUGCAGCUGCGUGCAAACCACACAGCACUCGUGCAUAGCGAUUACGGACUGCCAAAAUUCUGCUCCUGGUACUAACAAUUAUUGUGACCGAGAUUUUCAUUGCGUCGAUGGCACGUGCAGAUGUGGUCACGGGUUUGGACCUGCUCCAGGCGGUGGUCAUGCACCAGACGGCGGCCACGCACCAGACGGCGGCCACCCACUAGUCGGCAAAUAAAAUGUUUAUUAAUGUGUACGUCGUGAUGUGAUUUGUAGAUCUACAUUAAAA